AUGACGAGUGAAACUAACAAAGACGAAGGAUCUCCACAAGAACUUUUUUUUCGUAUAUCCGGAACAGGUGAAGGACAUUGGGAAACUGAAAGACCACAACCAGCAAUUAUUAAACUUGUUGAACAAGGAAUUUUUCAUUGUGAAAUACUUGAUGUUGGCUGUGGCAUUGGUGAUAAUGCAAUAUAUAUUGCAAGUCAUGCAAACAACGUUAAUAUAACGGCUAUUGAUCUAGUACCUAAAGCAAUUGAAGUUGCUCGUGAAAAAGCUCAAAAAGCAAAUGUUAAUAUUCAAUUUGAAGUUAUUGAUAUGCUUAGUGAUGUUUCAACAAAAAAUUUAAAACAAAAUUCAUAUGAUAUUAUUCUCGAUGCAGCUGUUUUUCAUAUUUUUUCAAAUAAUGAUCGUCAACGUUAUGUUAAAAAUCUUGAAUAUUUAAUUAAACCUAAUGGUUUAUAUAUUCAAUUAUGUUUUAAUGAAAAAGAAAUACGUGAAGGUGGUCCACGUCGAAUAAAAAAAUCUGAUUUAGAAGAAUUAUUUUCAUCGAAAAAUGGUUGGACAAUUGAAUCAAUUGAAGAUUCUAUUUAUGAAUCGACCAGUGCCGGUCCUUUAGGAUUAGAUGGUCGAGCUUAUCUUUCAUUAAUUCGACGUGAUAAAAAUAUUUAA